AGUUUUAUUAUCGCUUUACAAUAUCUGCGUCAAAAGUGAGUGGCAGUUUGCAGUCAACAAAUAUGAUAUCGUUAUCAUUACGCAAUAUAUCACGAAAGUAAAAUACAGAUGGCGAGACUCGCGCGUAAGAGGCGUCAGGCGGUAGCCAUAUUUAUAUAGUGCUGCAGCUAUCCGUUGAUGCAGCUCUUUCACACAAGUUUAAAAUACCUUUUUGCAACGAACUCUUAUCAAAAUAAAUAUAUAUAUGGAGAUCUGCAUCGAUUCUUUAGAGUCCGCUAGAAACGCGAUAGCAGGUGGUGCUAGCCGAUUGGAAGUUUGUUCUGCUCUCUCGGAGGGUGGUUUAACACCUAAUCUAGGUUUAGUUCAACAAAUUAAAAAUUUCACGACGAUUCCGCUGUAUGUUAUGAUCCGCAUUCGCUGCGGUGAUUUCAUCUACAGUCCCGAAGAGAUCGAUGCCAUGCUGUAUGAUUUGAAAAUUCUUAAGGAUCAUCACGUAGAUGGAUUUGUCUUUGGUGCCUUGACUCCCGAUUGCGAGAUUGAUAUUGUUACAUGCGAAAAGAUUAUUUCCGCAGCUUGUCCCUUGCCGGUGACAUUCAGUCGCGCUUUUGAUCUGACGAAUGAUCCUAUCAAAUCGAUGGAACUCCUUACUGAUCUUGGUUUUAAGAGAAUUCUAACUUCGGGACAGAAAAAUACUGCUCUGGAAGGAUUAGAAUUGAUAAAAACGUUAGUACAAAAAGCCCAGAAACUAGUGAUUAUGCCCGGAGCUGGCAUCACAAAGGAUAACAUUCGUAAAAUAAUGGAAUCCGGUGCCAAAGAAUUUCAUGCAUCAGCGAAAAAAAGAAAAAUGGUAGUCUAUGGAGCGAACAGAGUUAAGAUGGGUAUCAAUAACGAUGAUUCCGUUAAUGUGACUGAUAAGAAACUGGUGAAAGAAUUAGUCGAGAUCAUUAAAAAUGAAAAUACACUACAUAAUUAAACUUAAAGAUAUCUAAUUAUUAUC